AUGGCUUCCAACCACCAAAGCCGCCUGGGUGUACCGCUGUUGCCCCCACUCCAACCAGACACCACACGACUACUAUCCUCGUCGCUUUUCCACGAGGUGAAAUCCAUUUGUGUGGCACUUUCUGCUAUGAGUCUCGCGCCCGCAGCUUCGUUUGAUCCACAAUCACAUAAGCUAUUAUCCACGCUUUCCCAACUCCAGGAAACGCUCUACCACCACAAACACGUCCACACGCGUGGUGGUAAUGCUUAUACUCUUGCUCCAAAUUUCGCCGACUAUGUGUUCUUCCCAUUGUCGAAUUUGCUAAAACAAUCGGUUCUCUCAGACCAGAUUAUCACCAACAUCCUUCACAUCAUCUCGUUCCUUAUCGAUAACUGCUGGGUGCCCAAUGGCCAGUUUUCCGACACAUUGGCGGACCAGCUUUUCCCGGUCACGUGCUAUCUUAUCAAGGGAAGUGGUGGCAAUAUAGAAGUGAUGUUGCAGCCAAAGCUGUCUGAGUUUCGAAUGGCAUGCACUGCUGCCACCACCGCGCUCGUGCGAGGAGUUGACCGAGACUACUUCGCUGGAAAUGACAUGAAACGGCUUUCACUUCUCGGAGACACAUCAUCGGUGCUUUUGGCACUUUUGAAGAGCUUUUCGAAUCCUCGCUCGCUCGAAGAGCUGGAAACUGUAAAACAGCUUUUAGAAGCCAUGACUCGCUUGUUUGUACACAGAAUUGGUACAGAAAAACUCACACACAUAUUUCCGGGGGUGGUACUGACGUUAAUUGCAUUUGUGGCCGAUUCGGCCACGCUACAUUGGUCUACGAUCACUGAGGUGGUCGACCUCUUGCGAAAACUCGUUGUGCGAGUGUUUGACGACAAGACUUUGGGCGUCGAACCACAGACACGAGACUUGACUCCAGACAGCUUGAACCACGAGUGGGAGAACGGAAAAGAAAACGAAAUUGACCGAGUUCACUACACUGCUAACGUUUCCGUGGACAGUGGAAAUGAGCACACAAGCCAAAGCUGGUUGAAGGCCACGUCCAAGAAGCUCAAACUCUCUCUCAAUACCUUGUUCAAGUCAGUGUUGUUCCAAGCACACAGGGGGAAGGUGGGACAGAAACAGCAGCUUGGAGACUCGAUAGUAUUUUUUGUCAGAGACAUCUACACCCACUGUUUCUGGUCACUUUUUGACGAGUUGUUUGCCUUGAAUAUCGACGUUUUAUGUUUGGUAUCGUAUUCUAGGUGCUACCCCGACAUAGGACCAUUGGAUCAGGAAUCCCAAACUCAAGUUUUGACGGAGAUAAUAGCGUAUAUUGAGUAUGCGAUUCUCCAUAAGGCAUCUGACCUUCCAGGCAAGCUUUUGACCCUCAAGUUGGAAGACCUCAUAGACAACAAGAUGGUGGGGGUGAUGAAGUCGACGUCUGAAGACCGGAUUCUUCAAUUUUUUGUGUCGCUCAGAUUCCAUUUCUUAUUGCUUAAGAAGUUGGAUCCACCUCAAGUGCAACAAUUGAUACAGAGACAGAUAGUCAAACUCAAGGGUUCCCUUGUAGACGUGUCUGUAUUCACCGGAGCUCAGAUGUCACGGGGAGACAAAAAGGAUUUUUUCAAGUCGUAUACUGGAGACACCGAACCUUUUGAAAAUGACAAUAAGCUCGAUAAUGUUCAACUUCCUCCAUAUGUGAAUGCCAACAACUUGAAGCCCUUGGACAAUAGAAGGCUGCCAGUGUCGAAGAAAGAAGUAGUAUCGGACUUGCUUCACUUGUCUCAAAUGUGGACUUUGUCAGGUCCACAAGAGAUGCUGUCGUUAUGUUACUUUGAAGAUAAUUUCAGUUCACAAGUGGAAACUGCUUUGAGUGACUUUCUAUCGUUUCUUAACGGUAUAAGUACUGACAGGCUUUUAACUCUUGAAACAUUGAUUUCGGGAGAUACUUCACAUAUGGACAGAGGCAUCUCGUUGUGGCUUGCAAACCAGCUUGUACAGAAUAUGAAGAGCGAGAAGUUUGAUAUAGACGAAUUCCUUGUUCUUGGUGACACUGAGAAACAAGACGAACCGGCAGACGAAACAGAGGAAAUGGCUUACUUGAUAGUGAACCAGUCGCAGGAGCUCAUCGAAGAUUUGGCACCUUUUUUGGAGGAUUUGACUAUAGUUUCAACGUCCAAAGAAGAAAUGCUCCAGAACAAAAUGAACGAAAAAUCUUACGCCGUUGCCCUCGAUUCGCUUGGGGUUCUAUCCAGUUAUCUUCCCAAAGACGAGUUCAAAGAACACUUUUUGAUCGAGUAUUUGUUUCCUUUGUUUGAGGCAUUGACGUUCAACUCGAAUACGGUUAUCCAGCUGCAUGCGAAAAAUACUGUGUCUUUGAUUGCAAAAAACUAUUAUGGUGACUCGCUUACCGAGUUGGUUCUCGACAACCUGGAAUACUUGGUAGAUGCUGUGAGUCUAAAGUUGACCCUGCCAGGAGCUUUGACUCCUGCACUUCCGGGAAUUCUUUUGAUCAUCUUGAAGGUGUCAGGAUUGAAGUUACUAUUGACCAACCAACUAAGUGACAUUCUUUCUCAGAUUUUCAUCUUGAUAGACUCGUACCACGGGUACGCUAUAUUGGUUGAAGGGUUCUUCAUUGUGUUUGGUGAGUUAGUUGCACAGAUCAAACAGCAGUACAUUCCUGACAGGUAUUUGAGGAAACUCGAUUAUCACCAUUCCUUAUAUAAGCCUUGGGGGAUGACAAGUAUCGAAGAGGCAAGAGCGUUGGUUGAUGAGUCGAGGAAGGUUUUGGAUCCGUUUGAGGGAUACGAUAGAGAAAAGGAGUACUUUCAUCGGUCUCAAGACGCUCCAUUCAGUCAGUUGCAGGAACAAGACAAAGAAGUAGACGAAAACCCACCGGAAAAAGAGGAAAUAUGGACGAGUAUGGUUCCUAAGAACAUAUAUUUCAUUGUGCAGCGAGUAUUUAUCUAUGGACUUCGGCUCCUCUCACACCCAUCUGAUGUGUUGAAGAUUCAGCUUCUCAAGAUUCUCAUUGACAUAUACCCAAUUCUCAGCACCAACUAUUCUUUGACGUUACCACUUGCCGCUGAUCAUUGGAGCGACAUUUUGGCAUUGUUCCCACACCAGGGACAGUAUUCCGAAGAAGCGGCCAUUAAAGGACUCGAGUUUCUCACCUUGAUGUUGGAAACAGAUCGGUUGCAAAAAGAUACCUUUUUCAGUGAGAGAUUUUUGGACCUGUGUCGGAUGUUGCUUCAACGGUUUUCCCCGAGCCGGCACACCAGCGAGGUGGUGAAAAUCGAUAGGUUCAAACGGUCUACAAACGUGAGGCUUCUUAAGGCGUUGUGUGGGUAUCUCGUUACGGGGUUGAAUAACUAUGAACGAUCUGUGCCUAUUGGCAUGGCCAUACAGAUCAUGAGAAUCGCUAUGGCGAUAGGGACAGACGGUGUGAGCUUGGGUCCACAGGCGCGAAACAUAGCGUGGGUGAUUCGAAACCAGGAUGUACAUGUACACUAA